AUGAUGCUCUUCGCAAGGACUUCGGGCAAUACAUGGACCCGAAAUCCCAACUACGACAAGAACACCUACUGCGAGUUCCAUCAGACCCGAGGGCACUCCACAAUCAACUGUAAAGUGCUUGGGGCAAGAUUGGCCGCAAAGCUACUCUCCGGGGAACUCUCCGAAAUCACUGGCGUCAAGGAUCUCAUCCGUGAGACGAAUCGUCCCCCAAAGACUGACAAAAGUUCGCCCCCGGAAGCUCCUCCUCAGGGAAACCAAUCGGGAGAUAAGCGUGGAAGGAGGAAAGACGACAAGGGUAACGACAGCAAUCGCCGCAGGGACGUUCAGAACAGUGCAAUCGUCUUCCAGAAGGAAGAAGCUGGCGGGAUAGACCAGCCUCACUGUGAUCCACUCGUCAUAGACCUUGUCAUCCGAGACUUGGAAGUCGCCAGAAUCCUUGUGGACACCGGAAGAACGGUCAAUGUCAACUUCCUCGACACCCUUAAGAGGAUGAACAUCGAGCUCGGCGAAGUCGUACCGAUACCAAAACCACUAACUGGUUUCUCAGGCACAACAUCAAUGACCCUUGGGUCAAUCAAGCUUCCAGUCAUGGCGAAAGAGGUAACGAAGAUAGUCGACUUUGCAGUGGUCGAUCAUCCAGCCAUCUACAAUGUCAUCGUAGGAACGCCUUGGCUCAACGCUAUGAAGGCAGUCCCAUCUACCUAUAACCUGGGCAUCAAAUUCCCAAUCCAGAACGGAAUUGCUGCGAUCUGGGGAUGCCAGAAGCAGUCACGGCUUUGUUUUCUCGCUGAACAUAAGCUGAGACAAAUCACUGAGACCGCAAAACCGAAGCGAGCGAAGAUAACUCAGCAUGUAGCUGAAAACGCUUUGAAAAAGGAUGAUGCAACACCGUUCCCGGCGACGGACCUAAAACAGCAGCAUGCUAGUCCCGAUGCCUUCACCCAACCGGAGGAGACAAACCCGGAAAAGGCCGUCGACCCAUCUAAAGUCAGCACGACUGAAACUAUCGACGCGACCGCCGAAAACAAGUAA